AUGGUAUCCUCGUCAAAUCACAGAAGCGCUAGUAGCGUUCUCUCAAUAUGUCGAGUAUUGGUGCCUGCUCUUGCCGCUGGAUUCUUUCUGCAGGUUGCUGAAGCAAAAGGCACUUAUUCCGCCGCCAAGGACUCAGACAGAGACUUUACACACUUCCCAGGACGAAUUAGAUCUCCGGAUCGAGAGGAGCCAAAAGACUCUGAAAGAACCAUACCCUUGACUAUUACAAAUAAAUGCGACUCAACCAUUUGGCCGGGCAUUGCAACGCAGGCUGGUAAAGGUCCAGGAACCGGAGGGUUCGAGCUCUCGCAGGGAAAGAGCAAAGAUCUUUGGGUCUCCUGGGAUUGGCAAGGUCGAGUUUGGGGUCGUACAAAUUGUACUGUGGAGGAUGAUUCGUGCUCCUGCAAAACAGGAGACUGUUCCGGGCAGUUGGAUUGCGAAGCCAGUGGUUCAACGCCAGCAACACUCGCCGAAUUCACCUUAGCUGGUGGCAUGCAUGGGAAACAAACCUUCUAUGAUAUCUCGUUGGUAGAUGGAUACAAUCUCCCGAUGGGUCUCAACUACAUACCUUCGAAGAACACGACCUUCAUCCCACCCAACCUGACCAACUGCGCCUGCAUUGCAUCGCCUAGUUGGAUCUAUGCCAGCAGUGACACCGGUACCUACUACACGAACUCGACAUACCCCAUUCCACUGGAGACUCGAGUCAGCAGCGACAAUGCCCGUAACUGGUGUCCAUGGAAGUACCUUGCUUUCCCACCCACUAAGCCUGGGGAUGGCGUCUAUCCUUACCCAGACGAUGAUAUCCAACGGCCAGAGUUCUCCCCCUGCAACAGCGCAUGCGCUGCACACGGGACCGACAAGGACUGCUGUGUUGGAAAAUAUCAUGACCCAGAUGUUUGCAAGCCGUCUUCUUACAGCAAGAGAGCCAAAAUCAUAUGCCCUGACGCAUAUAGCUUUGCCUUUGAUGACCAGGCGUCCACUUUCAUCAUUCCUACAGGUGGAGGGUUUGAAGUGAUCAUGUGUCCCAAGGGUCGCUCAACUAACAUUCUGAGACAACUUGGAGAUGAAAUGAACGAGCUAGCAGAAUCUGGCAGUUUAACAGAGGUGACACAGAAGAAGCUCAAAGACGUCACUUAUAUUGUAUCUGAAAAGAGCCUCGGAAACCAUGUGUCGCCAAGAGAACUGAUGAUGGCUUCUGCAAUGUUGGCAACUGCACUAUGGCUGUCAGCCUAA